ACGUACCGGACUUUGUUUACUUCUGCUCCUCACUCUCUAUGAUAUUGAAUUAUUGAUAGUAUUUUCGCUGAGACAUAAUCAGGAUAGAUGUUCAACACCGGCGAAUCUUUCCCGACUCCGGCGAGAUAUACUGGCGAGCUGGGGUUCGAUCCCGCUCAGGUUCGGCUAGGAAGCUCGGACCCCCGAGUGCCGCUCCUGAAUCUCUCCACGGUCCGAAACAAAAUGGAUAACCUGCAGCGCUUCCUAUCGGACUCGGUCAACCGCAACCAGCUCAUCGGCCAAGAUCAGAUGGACUUGGUGUCCUCCGAGAUCGUCUCCGCCAUACACCAAGUCAUCGUCAACGGCGCCGCCCUCCUCGCCUGCACUCAGACCCCGAGCCCAAUCGAAUCGGCUCCCAACCCCACGAUGCCUCCGAAAUUCCCGGAAGAAUCUUCGGUUUCCUUGAAAGUAGAGGCUUUUAACGAGGAAGUGAGGAACGAGAAUCUAGUUUUCGAGUCAGAUGACUCGGAGAUAGUGGAACUCGACGCCAUGGAGCUGCUGGCUGAGCAUAUUCACUUCUGUGACAUAUGCGGGAAAGGAUUCAAGCGCGACGCGAAUCUGCGGAUGCAUAUGAGAGCGCACGGGAACCAGUACAAGACCCCAGAGGCCUUAGCCAAGCCGGAACGGCACGGCGCAGAUCCCUGCCUGAAUACCAGGUUCUCGUGCCCGUAUGAGGGCUGUAACCGGAACCAGCUGCACAAGAAGUUCCGGCCGUUGAAGUCAGUGACCUGCGCGAAGAACCACUUCAAGCGGAGCCACUGCCCCAAGAUGUACUCGUGCAAUCGCUGCAACAAGAAGAGCUUCUCGGUGGUGGCGGACCUGAAGAACCAUCUGAAGCAUUGCGGUGAGGCCAGGUGGCGGUGUACCUGCGGUACCAGCUUCUCGCGCAAGGACAAGCUUUUCGGCCACAUGGCGUUGUUCGAGGGGCACAUGCCGGCGGUUGGGGACGAGGACGAGAGAGCCAAGGACCUGGCAGAGGCGGCCGCAGUGACGGCUAUGGAUGAGGACGAAAAUGAGGAUGAGGAUGAGGAUGUGGUUAUGGUGAAGGGAGGUGAAUUAACGCCAGAGAAUUCCUCGGAUAACGGGUUCUUUGAUGGAUUACUCGAUGGGUUUAAUUCCAUCGAAAGCUUUUGUUUACGGGAUGUGUUGGGUUCGCCCAUUGGAUUCGACGGUUUAUGAUUUUGGAAGAUGAUAAAGGUAUAUCUCUGCGUUGAGAUUUUGUUGUUGGAGUUAUAUAUCAGAUAUACAGUAUGUAUGUAUUUUUUGUGAUAAGAUAGCUAUGGACUCUCUUGUUUUUUUUGUUUUAAUAUGUUGUAGCUACUUCUAAUAAUUGAUUUUCCCACAUCGAGCAGCAACAAAGUUCACGCCUUUGAACAA